AUGGCAUUUUGGAGUACGAUUAAUUUAUUGGAUUAUUUUCUUCGAUCACUUCAUAUACCAGUGUAUAUGGCAUUUGUUGAACGAUAUGAAUUAAUUGUUACGCUUUUUCAGAUUCGUUUUGUUCCUAUUCGAUCACCAUGCACAAUACUUAAAACAUUUGCACAAAAUAAUUCACUCUCAUGUCUACUUACAAUUUGGUUCACCAUUGGGAUUAUUUCGGCUAUAAUUUGUUUGUUUGGAGUUACCUUAUAUCUUUCAAGGAGCACUGUGAUCGAAAUAACUUCGUGGUGGUUCGAAUACUUCCAUUCAUUUGCUUCAGAUGUUGUUUAUCAAUUGGAACCUGCUACAUUUAGGAAGGAAUUCAUCAAAGAAGAUGAUGGUUUGAAGUUUAUAAUCCCUGGUUGGAACAUUCCAUGGACACAAGUACCGCUAUAUGUUGUAGUUUUGUUGGUCGCAGUAGUAGUUCAUGAAAUGGGACAUAUGUUAGCAGCACUAAGUAUUAAUGUUCCGGUUACAAGUAUGGGUUUCAUCCUUUUCGCCAUAUAUUUUGGUGCUUACGUUGAAAUUGAUGCUGUGGCAAUGCGUCGUUUAUCGUCUAUACAAAAACUGCGAAUCAGUUGCGCGGGAAUAUGGCAUAAUUUAGUAUUUGCAUUAUUUGCAUGGAUACUUCACGAAUCUACUUCUUUCAUUGUUUCACCAUUGUAUAUGUCUGAUGCGGGUGUUUACAUUGAAAGUCUUCAAAAGGAUUCUCCUAUAUCAGGACCAGUUGGUUUACACAAAGGCAAUGUUAUCCAGGCAAUAAAUGAUUGUGAUGUAAGCAAUAUUAAUGAUUGGAAUCGAUGUCUGACGACAAUAAAAUAUACUAAUUCGGGAUUUUGCGUACCAGAUGACAUAAUUGCGGAGAAUAUGGCAAAUGAGAUGCAGUUAGUAGGGAAUGAAUUGGAUUGUUGUCACAACUCAACAUGGGGUAAUUCAGCUUCGCAUAUGUGCUUUUACGUGCGUGAUUGGAUGCAUACCAUCCCUAAAAAACGAAGUCAUGAAUUAUUGGAGUAUUUCUCUGCGAAAAUAUGCUCAUGUUUAUCAGCGAGAUAUACAGCAGAUUUACAGUUUUGCAGUUCUACUGAAAAUUGCGUGGACACAAAUGGAAGAUUGAGAACCAUUCACUCAUCUUGCGUUUUCCCUGCUGUUUUAGGCAAUAUGUCAUUUAUGAGAAUUUCGAUUGGGAAUACAUCGCGUGUAAUUCUCUAUGUAGGCUACGCCAGGGAGUUGGAAUUUCAUGUACAAGUGAGCAAUUACAUACCUCGGUUACCAAUCAUAUCAACAUUUAUACCUUACUUUAUUGAGUUAGGGACAAAAUAUAUCUUCACAUUUUCCCUCGCUUUUGCUGUUAUCAAUGCGACACCUUGCAUUUUUCUUGAUGGGCAAUAUAUUUUCUCUAAUUUUGUGGAUUUUAUGUUCAGCAAGCUGAGACCGAGAAGACGACGAUUAAUAAAACGACUGGUCCUGACAUAUGGAACGACACUUUUAGCUGUAAAUUUCACCCUCGCAAUAUGGAAGUUAUAUAAACAUAUUGUAUAG